UUAUGAGUAACUGAGUGUAAUAGUUAUGUUAAAGUGUAUUAAUAACUUUCGGGUCUGGAAAACUUUGUAUUCUAUUGAUAAAAAUAUUUUUUACAGUAAUGCAAUAGCGUGUGGUCAAUCAAGAAGUUUUAGCGUGUCCAAUAAAAUGUUUAAAUCUGCUGUAUUUAACCUGCAAGAUGCUACAAAAGAUCAAGUUCAAGAAUUUCUGAAGUCUUUUGAUACAGUGUUAACUGAUUGUGAUGGGGUGCUAUGGAUCGAUAAAAAUGCCAUUCCUGGAUCAGCAGAUGCUAUGAACUAUUUUCGGAAAUUGGGGAAGAAAAUAUUUUAUGUGACAAAUAAUUCCACGAAAACUCGCAGUGAGUUUGCUGCUAAAGCUCAGGAAUUGGGCUUCAUUGCUAGCCAGGAGGAAAUUCUGUCUACUGCUUUCCUUGCAGCUCAUUAUCUAAAAGGUAUUGGAUUCACAAAAAAGGUUUACAUACUGGGUUCAAAUGGAAUUGGGGAGGAACUGAAGGCGGUUGGCAUUCGGAAUUUUGGUGUUGGACCAGAUCCUGUGAAAGCAGAUUUCAAAAAUAUGCAGCCAUCAGAACUGGACCCAGAAGUGGGAGCUGUGGUUGUGGGUUUUGAUGAGCACGUCAGCUACCCCAAGUUCAUGAAAGCUGCCUCCUAUCUCUCUUCUGAGGAAUGUCUAUUUGUUGCCACAAACACUGAUGAAAGGUUCCCCAUGGCUGGCUCAAUAGUGUUGCCUGGUACCGGUACCCUGGUGCGGGCAGUGGAGACAUGUUCAGAGAGAAAGGCACUUGUGUUGGGCAAACCUCAUGCUUAUGUCAGAAAGUAUCUAGAGUCAUGUGGACUUGAUCCUGCUAGGACCUUGAUGAUUGGUGACAGAUGCAACACUGACAUUGAGCUGGGUGUACGCUGUGGGUUCCAAACAUUGCUUGUACUCACUGGUGUCACCUCUAAGAAGGAACUGGAUGACAUUCGCAAUCAAAAGAUACCACCUCUACCUGAUGUGGUCCUACCCAAGCUUGGAGAUCUGCUCUCCCUAAUACCUUCAUAGUACAUUUAAAUAGCAAUUCUGUUUAGUGCAAAUCAAUAGGUCAAUUCUAACCAUGUGAUAAGCUUAAGCUUUUUACGUAAAAGUAUUUUAAGUAUUAAGUUUGGUUAUUGUUAUACAUACUAUUUGCUGUGAUCGUGGGCCAUGUGCCAUUUUAAACAGUUACUUUUGUAAUAAAUAAUGUGUUAUGCACUCCACACAAGUCAUUAAAAAUUUGGUAGAGUUUGGAACUUUAGAUUCUAAAGUUUCACCACAAUAAAGUCGGCGACUCCUGUCUGUGGAGUGCCUUAUUUUGUUCUCA